AUGGCUGCCGAAGGCCAGGAGAUUCCGGAGGAGAUCAAGGCGGACCAGGUUCCAGCCCAGGAAGAAGGUGGAGAUGACGAGGAAGAAAUUGCGGCCAUGAAGCGUCGAGUGGCUGAGAUGGAAUCGGAGGCUGCCAAGCUUCGCGAGAUGCAGGCCACCCUCGACCAACAAUCCGAGAACCUGCAGGAAAAUAAAGAAGACAUCGAUGCGCGCAGUAUCUUUGUCGGCAAUGUCGACUAUGGUGCUUCCCCGGAGGAGAUUCAAGCUCACUUCCAGAGCUGUGGUUCGAUCAACCGGGUUACAAUCUUGCUGGACAAGUUCUCUGGCCAGCCUAAAGGUUAUGCCUACGUUGAGUUCUCGGAGCCAAAUCUGGUUGCCCAGGCUUUAGUGUUGAACGAGAGUGUGUUCCGCGGUCGCAACUUGAAGGUCGUCCCCAAGCGCACUAACUUGCCCGGUAUGCACCGUGGUCGUGGCCGCGGUGGAUUCCGCGGCGGUCGUGGUCGUGGUUUCCCUCCUCGUGGUGGUAGCUACCGUGGUGGCUACCGUGGCCGCGGUCGUGGAUUCUCACCCUACUAG